AUGAGUCGGCGAUCUCUAUUGCAACAACAAUUAGAUUAUGAGUUUUUUAUAACCAUAGCACAAGUUUUAAAAGAACAUAAUAAUGAACCAAAGCAUGGUGGUUCUGUCAUCGGCCAUAAAGUUGUUCAUUGUAAGGGAGAAGCUGCACACCAAAGAUUAUAUGAAAAUUACUUCUCAGAUGAUCCUAUGUAUGGACCAGAAUUCUUCAAACGAAGGUUUAGAAUGAGUCGUCCACUAUUCUUGCGCAUUAUGAAUGCAAUACAAAAUCAUGAUAAUUACUUCGUACAGAAAAGAAAUGCAGCUAAUGUACUUGGUUUGAGUUGUUUACAAAAGGUAACUGCUGCAUUUCGUAUGCUUACUAAUGGGGUAGCCGUUGAUGCCACUGAUGAGUACAUUUGUAUUGGAGAAAGUACCGCUAUCGAGAGUCUGAGAAAUUUUGUUAAGGCAGUGGUCGAAAUUUUUGAAAAUGAGUACUUGAGAUCACCUAAUCAGAAUGACACAAGUCGCUUACUAGAGAUUGGAGUGGGGAGAUGUUUUCCUGCUGAAGGUCAAGCGCUAGAAGUGAAUUAUAACAUAAAUGGUCAUGCUUACAAAAUGGGGUAUUAUCUUGCAGAUGGUAUAUACCCAUCAUGGGCCACAUUUGUAAAGACUAUAUCACAACCACAAGGAAAUAAGAAUAAAUAUUUUGCAAAAGCACAGGAGGCAGUAAGAAAGGAUGUUGAACGAGCCUUUGGAGUCCUACAAGCUCGCUUCGCCAUUGUUCGAGGACCUGCUCGUUUAUGGGACAUGGAGGCAUUGGCAUACAUAAUGAAGUCCCGUGUAAUCAUGCAUAACAUGAUUAUUGAAGAUGAGGGAGAUGUCGAUCCAGAAGAACGAUUUGAUUCCCUAGAACACAAUGUUCAACCUUCUCAUUUUGCGACACCUGACCUUAUGGAAUUUAUCGAGAUACACAAGAAUAUAAGAGACAAUGAAGUUCAUCAUCAAUUACAAGAAGAUUUAGUGGAGCACCUCAGACAGCAUAAGCCAGAUACAUAUUGA